AUGCCUCCUUUUCGCAAUUUUCUCGGUCGCAAGGCACAGCCAGAGCCAACAGAUGGCUUUGAGAGUCACAUAUCGCCUGACCAGCCAAUUCCGAUCGCAAUUCGCAAAAGCGCCGAGAUUCAGCCUCCGGAGUAUAAACUGAGCGUCGUUAAUGACAGCGGUGUCUAUCUCCCGCCGUCGCCGCCAGAGAAACAGAGCUUCUGGCAUAAAUGCCAGGGCGCUACACGACCCUCAAACAAUCAUCGCGAUUUAGUUGAUGAAAACGAGCCAUUCUCCAUUUCGCGCGAAUCAUUCGACUCCUAUCGACGAUCAUUUGAUAUUUCGGCUCGCUCCCCGAUCGCCUACGCCGAUGUCCAAUCCCGCACCUCACUCGACUCCCGGUUCUCUAGAACGAACAUGCCCAACACGCGCUCCAAGAAGUUUGAGAAAUCAGACCCGAUGACAGAAGAGAGCUUUGAGGACAUCGGCCUUAAUGACGAAAAGCCUAAGAGGAGGGGUCUUUUCGCAAGAUUUGGUGACUCUUCUGCUGAUGCACAAUCACCCAAAUCAUCAAGUACCUCAUUUGGAUUCCACAUCCCUGGACGGAAGCGUGGUCAGAACCGCAAUGGAAAGCGGACCAAGACUAAGCAGGCCUUCACUCCUGCGAAGAAGUCUAGCUCCUCGGGAUUCAAGAAGGAAGACAAAAAGUCUGGAAAGAGUGAUAGGAAGUCCUCUAAGAAGGCUAAGAAGGAGGAAUCUGAAUCUGAAGACGAGGAUGACUUCGAUAUUGACGAUGUGUCGCUUUCGGAGAACGAUGACUUCAAUGGCGUCGAUGAGGAAUCGGAGGAUGUUGAGAUGAAAAAUGCCGAUGAUGAGGAGGUUGAGAGUGAAGAGGAAGAGGAAGUACCUCAGCAAACUCAGAAAUCUACCGAUCCGUCGAAGAUGCACGCAUCCCGCGAGUCUCACAUCAAGCAGAAGGCCCUCCAACUGGAACGCAAGAAUGCGAAGCCUAAUGCCGAUACGAUCGCCCGCUCUAAGAAGCUCUGGGAGCAGUUGCGCCGCAAGUCACACGUUCCCCUUGAACAGAGAAAGAAACUCAUCAAGGAAUUGUUCGAGAUCAUCACUGGCCGCGUUCGGGAUUUUGUUUUCAAGCACGACUCGGUGCGUGUCAUUCAGACUGCCUUGAAGUACGGAAACCUUGAACAGCGCAAGAUGAUUGCAACGGAAUUGAAGGGCAGCUACAAGGAGCUGGCACAGAGCCGCUACGCUAAGUUCUUGGUUGGCAAGUUGAUCGUUCACGGAGACGCAGAGACCCGGGACUUGAUCAUUCCUGAAUUUUACGGCAAUGUCAAGCGUCUUAUUCGUCACCCGGAAGGCUCGUGGAUUCUGGAUGAUAUUUACCGCACAGUUGCUACAAAGGAGCAGAAGCGAAGAAUGCUGCGCGAGUGGUACGGCCCAGAGUUUGUUAUCUUCCAAGACGACACAGAGAAAUCGGCCGACCUUGCCAAGAUUCUCGAAGCCCACCCCGAGAAGCGGUUACCUAUCAUGCGCUUCUUGCAUGAGCUGAUCAACCAGCUCGUCCAGAAGAAGUCUACUGGAUUUACUAUGCUGCACGAUGCCAUGCUGCAAUACUUCCUCAGCACAAAGCCUGGAAGCACAGAGGCGAACGAGUUCCUUGAUUUGCUCAAGGAUGACGAGGAAGGUGACCUUGUGAAGAACUUGGCUUUCACCCAGUCCGGUUCGCGCCUCAUGUGCCUAGCUCUAGCAUAUGCUAGUGCCAAGGAUCGUAAGCUACUCUUGCGCUUCUUCCGAGACACUAUCAAGGCAAUGGCUGGUGAUAUCAACGGGCACAUUGUUAUCCUUGCGGCUUACGAGGUGAUUGACGAUACCAAAUUGAGUGGCAAGUCGAUUUUCAGCGAACUUUUGAACCAGGCCGACCCCGAGGACGCCCGCAAUGACGAGCUGCUCCUCCAGAUCAGUGACUUGACCGCUCGUAUUCCUGUGCUGUACCCCUUCUCUGGCGAGCGUGUCAAGUGGCUCCUCACCGAGGCUGACCAGGAGGUGCUCAAGGAAGUCAAGGAAAUUCGAAAAGAAACUUCAAAGAAAGAGCCUGCUAUCCGCCGCAGUGAGCUGAUCAAGGCUGCAUCGCCUACCCUACUCGAGUUCAUCGCCGCACGUGCGGAAGCUCUUCUGGAAUCUACCGUUGGCUGCCAAUUUAUUGGAGAGAUUUUGUUCGAAGCCGACGGUGACAAGAACGCCGCUCUGUCAGCCAUCGCCGUGGCAGCCAAGGCCAAGUCCGAAGUCCGCGAUUCGGCCUCCGUGGGCCGCCUCCUCAAGUCUCUCGUACAGGGUGGUCGCUUCAGUCCAGCGGAGAAGACUGUCGAGAAGGUGGAGCCCUUAUUGAACUUCCACGGUCUCCUAUAUGAGCAGAUCAAGGAGGAGGUUAUGGAGUGGGCCACUGGCGCUAGUGUGUUCGUUGUGGUUGCACUGAUUGAAUCGGAUGAUUUCGAGAAGAAGAGCGAGUUGUUGAAGACUCUCAAGAAGAACAAGAAGGCGCUGGAGCAGGCCUCGGCGUCGGGCAAGGGCCCGGCUAGCAGUGGAUCAAAGCUACUGCUUCAGAAGCUAUAA